UAAUUGUUUUAAGGUAAUUUGAAUAAGAGCCACCGUGUGCCGUUCGUUAGUCUCAUCGUUUUAAUUCUCAGCGAAGUAUGAAGAUUCGAAUUUUUCUCUUUUCUUUUGUCUUCGUAGAACUGGGUCAUAGGCGAUUUGCUUUCGCUGGCGUACUGUAUCCUAAAGACAAUAUAUCUAAGUCUUCGGAAUUUGACGAUCUGCAAAGUUCCGAAAAUGAGAGUGGUAGUAAAGGUGAAAUAUCCGAGAAUGUGAAAGAUUCUGGAACCACGAUUAAAACUGUACCUGAUCAAUACGAGGACGAUGUCGGUGAUCUCCAUUGUGCAUACUGCUAUCAGAUCCCCAAUGAAGAAGCCCGUCUUUACUGCAUAAAAAAGUAUUGUGAAGCAGAUGGGUGAGAACUUUGAGCAAAGUGAAGAAGAACUUUAGUAUGCAACGCUGUUUGAAUGUGAAGAUGGGAUUUAUUUGCUAUGUUGAUUUGUAUGAAAUAAUAAAAUUAUCGGAAGGAAAUGGACAUAUUCAGCCAUUUUAACGCGAGCAAGAAA